GCAUUCAACCGGUAAGUCAAGCAGUCGGCUUACCCUACCGCUUUAAGCCCGUGGAAGCGAUGGAAAUAAUUAUAGUAGAACUACUACUGUGUUUGCCAGAGGCUGCUGCUUUUUUAAUAUACAUGUGUGCAAGCCAGAUUUCUCCCCCCAAUUACCGAUGGAGAGACCAUCCAAAAUAGCCAAAAAGGAAGAUGCUCAUGGCCCUUGCCCGUUCCAUACUCUGCCUAUUGAGCUCGUGGCACAUGUCUACUCUUAUUUGGAUAUAUUUGAAAUUUCCCGCUGCUCAACGGUAUGCAAGCGUUUCGAGCUCGUUGCGAAUAAUUCCCCGCUCGUCCAGAAAACCGUCAUCGUUGAUGUCCGCAAAUGGGACAAGAAUGAUUGUAAUAAGGACGAUGAACGGGUAUGGAAAAAGACCGGAAUUCGCGACUCCAGAGGAAAAAUACUGCUGAAACGUUUCGUGACACGAUCCACGCGCCUCCUGAUCCUACGUUGGCCACUUGAUCGCUGUCCACCCGAGGCGGAACUCUCCAUACACAUUCCUGACCCCAAUCCGGACAUGUUUGACAGCAGCUAUCGUUGCCAUUAUUCAGUAGUCAAUAGGAGAGGAGCUUGCAGCUUCCCAGUCCAUUGGCUCGGUUUGCAAGCGGUGGAAAUCAUCGCCAAUGAAUCCCCGCUGGUGCGAAAGAGUGUCAUUGUUGAUAUCCACAAAUGGUAUACGAACGGGCUGAAUGAACAGCAAUUCCUGGAUGAAGAUUCGGGGGAUUUCCACAUCGCGGUAAAUGCAGGCGAGUCCCUCCUGAGACGUUUCGUAACACGCUUCACCUGCCUAGUAAUUCUUCGCUGGCCACUGGAUUAUCACCCACCGGAAGCGGAACUUGUCAUACAAGCACCUGAUGAAUGCCGGUUCGUGUCGCAAAAUGACUAUUCUUACGACUACUCGACUACUCGGGUCUAGUUGCGAACAGCAUUGACAGCAUAAUCAUCCUGGUGAGGAAUAUUCAGCAGAACCUGGGCAGUACGGGCGUAGCGUUAACGUUUCAAAAUUUGAAGCUCUACACAAACCAUUGGCAUGAGAUUCGCGAUCGCUUUCCCGCGGUGCAUUAUGACAAUGUCCAAAUUAACUGCCAUUUCGAACCUAUCGGUCGGGGUCGGCUUGCGCGCCCGAAACCGUUUGUUCUCCGCGUUGAGCUCAACAAGAAGACUAUCGCCCAUACCGACAUUGAUCCAAAUUGGAGCGACUAUGAGCGGUUUGGUAGUUUUAUACCGGUUCCGCUGUCGGAAGAGGAAGAAAGCUGUAUGGACAAAGUGCUGCUAUCGCCGACAAAAAUUGGUCAUAGUUAUCUGGAAUACAGGGAAAGGUACUUUGGAAGGGAAGUAGACGCUAAUCAGAGUCUGUCCGAAAUGGAAUUAACUAUGGAGGAGAUCCGUACGUAUCCUUUAUGGAAACAAUAUUUCACGCGCGACCUGUUGCAGCAAUACCCCGUUGGCACCUAUGGAAUGUGCGCCGAUAGUCACAGUGGCCUCAGUGCGGUACAGAGGUCUUUGGGGCCAUUAGAGUGGUUAGGCUCAUCUAGCUUUCUGGCCAACGCUACCGCUUACCACCGGUUUCGCACCAGUGUGUCAAAGCCGCUCUGGUGACUUAUUUUAACAGUUACAGAUUUACCUAAUUAAGGGGCAUUUCCAGUCGCCAGUUUUGGCUUUGUUGGACUGUGGCCGUACAUUAGUUACUAGUAGUAAGAUAAAUUUGUGCCUUUGUAGGAACAGUUUUACUUCUUGGCUAAGGUCUUGGGAAGAGCCACAGGAUUGUCUGACAAUAUUGCUUCAUGUGAAAUCAUACA